GAUCGAGGGAGGCAACCUGAGGCUGAGAGAAGGAGAGCAGCUUUGCAGGAGGAGGAGGAGAGAGGAGGCUCCAUCUCUCUCUCUCUCUCUUUUCUUUCAUCUCUUCUUUCCUUCUUUCCUCCCUUUCUCUCUGCCUUGCCUCCCACCGCACAAAAGACGCCUGCUUCGCCUUUCCCUGGCCGCCCAAGAGCCGCGCCGCAGCCUCGCAGGUUUUGUGCAACGUCGUGUGAAAUCGUUUCACGUAAUUACGAGAGUUUUCCUGGAUAUUCAUGGGAUAAACUCCCAAUCUCCUUUGUAUGAUAAACUCCAGAGAAGAUUUAACUCAGCAGGCAGAGAUGCAGCCCAGGGAUUUUGUGCAACGAUUCCCACUCCAGUCACUGGCAUCUCGAAUGAGAUACUGAGAGAUGCUGCAGAUCACACUGUGGAAAGAUACCCCCCGCAGACUUAUAGCAUUGUCCAACCGCAGGAAACAUAAUCUGUCCCAGUGGCUACGAUCUUCCUUCUGUCUUCAGCUUCAAGAUGGUGGUGUUUGGGAUCCUUGCUGCAUUGAUGCUUGCUACAGUACACUCACAAGAAGCAGAAGACACCAUCACAUACACGCAAUGCACGGAUGGUUAUGAAUGGGAUCCUGUCAUGCAGCGAUGCAAAGAUAUUGAUGAAUGCGAAAUUGUGCCUGAUGCAUGUAAAGGUGGGAUGAAAUGUGUGAACCACUUUGGAGGAUACCUAUGUCUACCCAGAACAGCUCAGAUCAUUGUGAAUAAUGGUCAAGAAGAAACAGCACCUGAAACCACUAGUGGCCGAAAUGGUAAUCUCAUCAUUCGGCGAACUCCUCCAGAUAACACAGCAUCACGGAUACCAUGUGCACCUGGGUACGAAGCAACUGAUCACACUACAUGCCAAGAUGUUGAUGAAUGUACAACAGGCACUCACACCUGUAGGCCAGAUCAGAUCUGUGUCAACUUGAGAGGAUCGUUCACUUGUCAGUGUCCAGCCGGCUAUCAGAAGCGAGGUGAUCAGUGUGUUGAUGUAGAUGAAUGUAUACUCCCUCCAUUUUGUCACCACCGUUGUGUGAACACACCUGGUUCUUACUACUGCCAGUGUAACACCGGUUUUCAGUUAACAACUGACAAUCACACAUGCGCAGACAUAAAUGAAUGUGAGACCAGCAACCCAUGUGCACAACUGUGCUACAAUGUAGUUGGUUCCUUCCUGUGCCAAUGCAAUCAAGGCUUUGAGUUAAGCCCCGACAGAAUCAACUGUGAUGAUGUCGAUGAAUGCAGAGCUUCCAACUUUAUCUGCCAGUAUGAAUGUAUCAAUGAACCAGGCAGGUUCUCUUGCCUGUGUCCAGAUGGAUACCAGUUAGUCAGAGGAAGAAAUUGUCAGGAUAUAAAUGAAUGUGAGUUGGGUAAUGCAUGUGGGGAAGAUAGCAUAUGCUCAAAUUAUCAUGGUGGAUAUCGCUGUUACCCACGGAACCCAUGUCAAGAACCUUACGUGCUUACAUCUGAAAAUCGCUGUGUUUGUCCUGUGUCAAACCCCCUUUGUCGAGACCUGCCUUACUCCAUUGUGCACAAAUACAUGAGCAUCCGCUCUGAGAGAACCGUGCCAUCUGAUAUCUUCCAAAUCCAGGCAACCCAGAUUUUCCCCAAUACAAUUAACACGUUUCGGAUUAAAUCCGGAAAUGAGAAUGGAGAUUUCUUUCUGAGACAAACGAGUCCAGUUAGUGCAAUGCUUGUAUUGGUAAAGCCAUUAAAAGGACCCCGAGAACAUAUCAUCGAUUUGGAGUUGCUGACAGUCAACAGUAUGAACUUUCGGUCGAGUUCAGUGCUCAGGUUAACGCUCAUUGUAGGACCUCAUCCAUUUUAGCCACUACAGUUAAGUAAUUUGCAAGCACCCAGAGCAGCCAAAGAAAUAGUCUCUUAAACGAAGCACUUAUAAUUUUAUUUAUAGAUUUUACAUGGUGUGUUUUUUAAAGGAAAAAGAACUUUAUUAAGAAAAAGCAAUACUUGUAGCCAUGCUGUCAUGCUUAUAAUUCAAAAGUAGUUAUAUUUUCCACUGUAUAACCAGGGCAUUGCCACUCUCCAUAUAAAGGUUUGCAUUUCUCCCUUUUCUGAUUAUGCUGAUAUCAGCCAUCCACUAAGGUUGCUGCCAUACUGCAGAAUUAAUGCAGUUUGACAUUGAUUUAACUGUCAUGGUUCCAUCCUAUGGAACUGUUGUGGCACCAGAGCUCUUUGAGAUAGGAGGCUAAAUAUCUCACUAAACUACAAAUCCCAAAAUUCCAUAGCAUUGAGCCAUGGCAAUUGAAGCCAUUUCAAUCUGUCUCGAUUCUGCUGUGUAGAUGCAGCUUUACAUUACAUUAGUUGUGUUCCUACAGCACAAUAAACACAAGGAGAGGGAGAGUACAGGCUCACAUUCUCUGAAUGUGGCCCAGAACUCCCCAGAGUUCAACAAAAGUUAUGGAUAGAGCAAUGAACUCUACAUAAAAAGGCUGUGUGCACCUGGAUCGUUCAAGAUUUCUAAUCCCAUAAAACAUAAUAAAAUAAGAUCCCUAUAGGUACUACAUUAGACCGGAGGUCUGUGUAGUCCAGCAUUCUGUUCCAAUAGUGGGCAAACAAAUGGCCAUGGGAAACCCACAAGUAGAACAUGAGUGCAUAAAAAACUAUUUGUGUAUCCUCAGCAAUUAGUAUUAAGAGGUAUAUGGUGAAUCUCCCUUAUCAAAAUGCUUGGGGAAAGAAGUGUUUUGAAUUUAAGAUUUU